UCCUUUCCGGCGCUGGCCCCGCGCGGCAAAGUUCCUUUUCUCUGUAGUGGUCGUCUGUGGGGCGGCGGGGCUCUGAGGGGACAGAAUUCCCGUCGUUGGAGUUCCGCUCGGCGCCCUCCCGCCCGCGAGACCUGGUCCAGUGUUUAUUUUGGACACAUUAUGUUUGAGGAGAAAGACAACAACGAUUCCUGUAGUGUGCGUGUCUCUUGCAGUCUAUAGCAUUAAUAUCUCCCUCAUCUGUUUUGAAGUCACUGUGCAAGCAAGACACAUAUUUUGAUAUUUCACAUUGUAUUCUGGUAUGUUUAAGUGUUUCUUCCCUUGCUUAUAUUUUCCUGUCAACUGAAGAAUAUCUGAACGGUUGAAUUAGGGCAUAGUGAAAAAAAUCAACCUAACGCUGUUCUUAGGGAGCUUGUGAAGUAGUGGAGGCAAACGUAUAACCAAGUAAAUAGAUCUAUCACCAAUCGAUGAGGACAGUAUUAUUUCCUUUGUCUUUGAGAGUAAGUGGAAUAAAGAAGAAAGAGUGAUGAUUAAGCCAAGACCAGAAAUACAAGUUGUAGAACUUAGCCAUGCCAAAAAAGAUGGGUGUGGUCAAAGCAUUUGAGUGAAUUAGCUAAUUCCAUUUCUAGAGAGGGGAGUACAUCAGGAUAAUUCCACAUUUGAAUUAUCUUGAGUUAUCUUGUGUGUUAGGAAAAGAUUCUCCAGUAUAUAACUGAUAGGAAAUUAAGUGAUAUCUAUUCAGACAGUGAAAAGCAGGAGAGAAAAGGAGAAAACAUAAAUGUGUCUUAAUUUCUUAGGUAAAAAUCAAGAGUUUGUAGGAAUUAGAAUCAGUAGACGUUGAGUGGACGUGGUGCACCAGGACAGAGCAUCAUCAGGUACCCUUACACCUGUACUGCUAACCACCGUUAGCAGUUAUAUCCAGAGUGUGAAAUUUAUUUGAUCUGCAGUGUCUUCUAGUCCCCCAUUGGGUGUUCCUCUGAUUUGCUCUUGAGGGGUCUCCUAGGACACUGGUUAUAAAUUCUAGCACUGCCCUGACCCAGGAUAAGAUUUAGGUUUGGAUUGUUGGUUAAGUGAGGCAGAGAGGGGGCACCACAAUAAAACAUAAGAAAUAACAAGUAUUUUAUUACAGAUCCAUGAGAGAAGAGAGAUCCUCUCAAGGGCUUCUGGGAAAUUUGGAGACAGCAAGCCUCUCAGCCAGUGUUCAUCCACCUCUGAAGGGGCACAGUUCGCCUUUUCCAAGCUACCCACUGGGGAACCUCAACUUUGCCAUCACAAACAGUCCUUUGUGUAGGCACCUUACUCCACUGCUAACAGCAGGAUCCAAGUAACCUGCAUAAAGAGGAAUAGAUACUGCUGCUGUCCACUUGGAUACAUAAACUACCUUGACGUGUAUUUGGAAUCCCAGAGGAGCGUGUUCAGGCAUUUUGUACCAUCAACCUUACAGAAUGGAAAUUAUCAAAAACUUGUCUCAUGAAAAUACACUUUCUGGGGACCCAAUCUGUCCACAUGAAGAAGAGACAGAGGCAGAAAGGACUGUGGCUGAAUGCCUAAGAAAUUGUUACCAGGACUCGUUGACAUUUGACGAUGUCGUUGUGGAAUUCACUCAAGAGGAGUGGACUUUACUGGAACCAAUUCAGAGAUACCUUUACAGAGAUGUAAUGCUGGAGAACUACAAGAAUGUGGCCUCAGUGGGCUGUCAGGUAUUCAAACCUAGCCUGAUAUCUUGGUUGGAGGAAGAAUUGGAGUUGACAAAAGGGGAACAAGGUGUUCUCCAGGAAUGGGAAUUUAAUACCAAAGGAACAGCACAUCUGCCUGCUAUCUUUGGGUCAGAUACCUCAAAUGACAUAGAACUGGCAAGAAGUCACCAUGAAGGGCAACUCUGUGACUUUAACCAGUGUGACACAGUCUCCAGUGAAGACACAGGCAUUCAGAUACCUAUGAGAACUGAAAAUACAGGGAACAGUUCUGAGUGUAAUCGGAACGGAAAACACUUCCUUCCUCUGCACUGGAGGAGCUCUGUUGGAGACAAACUUUCUACAUUGAUUCAAUGUGAAAAACCCUUCAGCCUGACUUCCGAUGUUUGCCAGAGAAGGAGAAUACAAGACAGAUCUGAUGAAUGCAGUGAUUAUGACCAACCCUUCAUCAGUCAGUCACAGUUGCAGGCUCAUGGGCCAACUCCUAGUGAAGAAAAACCAUCUGAUUUGGAGCAGAGUGGGAAAGCAUUUACUGACUCCACAACUCAGGCUGUACCUACGCAAACACAGACUACAGAAAAACCCAGUGAAUAUGAGGAAUGUGGAAAAUUGUUCAUGUAUCCUUUCUACCUUAAUAAUCAUAUGCAAAAUGACACUGAGAAGAAAUCCAAUGAGUGGAAGGAAUGCGGGAAAGCCUUCCCUGAGCCCUCAGGCGUAACUGCACAUGUGCAGAGUAACACAGGGGAGAAGUUGUAUGAGUGCAAGGAAUGUGGGAAAGCCUUCAUUACAUCCUCUCGACUUAGUGAGCACUUAAGGAGUCACACAGGGGAGAAACCCUAUGGAUGUUAUGAAUGUGGUAAAGCCUUUGCCUCUUCUUCAUAUCUUACUGCACAUUUAAGAACGCAUACUGGGGAGAAGCCGUUUGUGUGUCCAACAUGUGGGAAAGCUUUUACCCGAUCUUGUUACCUUCGUGUUCACAUGCGAACUCACACUGGAGAGAAACCUUACGAAUGCCAGGAAUGUGGGAAAGCCUUUACUGGGCGCUCAUGGCUUACUAUACAUUUACGAACACAUACUGGAGAGAAGCCCUAUGAAUGUAAGGAGUGUGAUAAAGCCUUCACUAGCUUUGCUUUACUUAAUGAACAUAUAAAAACUCACACUGGUGAGAAGCCCUUUGUAUGUAACGUAUGCACAAAGUCUUUCCGAAACUCCUCAUGCCUUAAGACCCACUUUCGAAUUCACACUGGAAUAAAACCCUAUCAGUGUAAGGACUGUGGGAAAGCUUUCAGUGGGCGUGCAGGCUUCACGAAGCAUGUACUCACUCACACUGGGGAGAAGCCUUAUGAAUGUAAGGAGUGUGGGAAAACUUUCCGUACAUCCUCAGGCCUUACUGAACAUGUAAGAAUUCACACGGGAGAGAAACCCUUUGAAUGUUACCAAUGUGGGAAAGCCAUGGCUCAUUCUUCAUCUCUUGUUGCACAUUUGAGAACUCAUACUGGAGAGAAGCCUUUUGAGUGUAACAUGUGUGAGAAAGCAUUUACAAGUUCUUCCUACCUUCGUGUUCACAUGCGUUCUCACACUGGAGAGAAACCUUAUGUGUGUAAGGACUGUGGGAAAGCAUUUAUUGCACACUCGGGCCUUAGUCAACACUUACGGACACAUACUGGAGAGAAGCCUAAUGAAUGUAAGCAAUGUGCGAAAGCCUUCACUACCGUUCCUCAACUUAAUGAACAUAUAAAAACUCACACUUGUGAGAAGCCUUUUCAGUGCAUGGUAUGUGCAAAGUAUUUCAGAAAUUCCUCAUGCCUUCAGACACACUUUCGAAUUCACACUGGAGAGAAACCCUAUGAAUGUAAGGAAUGUGGGAAGGACUUUGCUGCACGUUCAGGCCUUACUGUACAUCUACGAAGUCACACUGGGGAGAAUUCCUAUGAUUGCAAGCAAUGUGGAAAAGCCUUCAUUACGUCCUCAAGCCUUAUUGCUCACAUGAGAAGUCACAGGGGAGAGAAACCCUUUCAGUGUGACCAGUGUGGAAAAGCCUUUGCUUCUUCCUCAUAUUUCAAUGCACAUUUGAAAACUCACAAUGGAGAGAAGCCCUUUGAGUGUACAGUGUGUGGGAAAGCAUUUACAUGUUCCUCUUACCUUCGCCUUCACAUGCGAAUUCACACUGGAGAGAAGCCUUUUGAGUGUACAUUAUGUGGGAAAGCAUUUUUGUGUUCUUCUUACCUUCGUAUUCACAUGCGAACACACACUGGAGAGAAGCCUUAUGUAUGUAAGGUGUGUGGGAAAGCUUUCACUGAGCGUUCAGGCCUUAGUAAACAUUUACGAACACACACUGGAGAGAAGCCCUAUGAUUGCACAGAAUGUGGGAAAACUUUCACUAGUUAUUCUGAUCUUAAUGAGCAUAAGAAAUCACACUGGAGAGGAACCCUUUCAGUGUAAGGAAUGAGGAAAAUCUUAGAAGUCCCUCAUUCCUUAGUAUCCACAUUUGAAUCUACCAUGUCAAGAAACUAUGAGCAUAAACAGUGUGUAAAGGCAUUGAGCUGUUCAUGUUUACUUCAGAUAUAUGAGAGAACGUACACACUGAAAAGGCACCAUGAGUUUAAGGAAGACAUGGAGUCAUCAUUCAUUCUCAUAAACCAGCAUGUAAGAACUUACUCUGAAGCUACAUAGUGUAAGAAUUAUGCAAAGCUUUUUCUACUUAUAUCUCAAUAUGUGAGAUGUUGGUGAUGGAGAGCAACAUUGUUGAUGUAAGAUGUGGAAAAGUUACAGUUCUGCCAAAUAGUUUGCUGUUCACCUGUGAUUACAUAGUAGAGAAAAAUCAUGAUUAAAGUGAGAAAUGUUAAACUCAUUUUUACAUUAUUUCUCAACCUCAAAGAAACUCUAUUUUCAGAUUAUGGGAAUUGCUUUUCUGUGUCCUGAAGUCUUACAUGCUGAUAGAUCUGGCUUCAUGGAAGGUUCUGUAUAUUUUGGAUGUUACAGAUAUUUUAAAUUUUUUUUAACUUAAAUCUCUGAUUUCAAUUAUAGCUCUUUAUUUUUAAUCUUUAUUAUGAGUGAAAAAUUGUAUAAUUAAGGAGUAUAGUCUGAUUUGACUUAAUAAACAUCCUAAAAUGGUUAUUACAACCCUAUAGUACAUUUAUUACCUCAGUUAUUUGUGGUUUCAUGAAAAUCCUUUUUGCUAUAUAUACAUUGGCAUUAACUAAAUCAUCAUCAUGUAGAUAACAUCUCAAGUACAUAUUCAUCUUGUAAUUCUUAAGUUUUUAUAUUUGACCAGUAUCUCCCCUUUUUUCUCUGACCAUUAGCCCCUAGUGAGUAACUGUUCACAUUUUUGGUUCUUUGAGUUUGAUUUUUAGAUUACACAUCUGGAAAAGACCAUGUGUUUGCCAUUCUGUCUGAUUGUAUGGCAGUUUAAUAUCCUCAGGUUGGACCAUGUUGUCACAGUUGACAGCAUUUCCUUUAUUCAAGGUUCAUUGUUGAGUUUUUACAUAACCACACUUCAUUCAUCUGUCAAGGGAAACCCAGUUAUUACCAUAUGUUAAUUAUGAAUACUACUGCAGUGAAUGUCAAAGAGUAGAUGUCUUCUUGAUUAGUGUUCUUAUUUCUGUAGAUAUAAGCCUGGAAGUGGAUUUGCUGGAUCAUGGUAGUUUUUUUUAUAAAUUAUAUGGAGCAUCCAUAUUUUUUCCCCACAAUGACCUCACAAAUUUAUAGUCUCACCAGUAGUGUACACAGAUUGUUUAUCAACCUUGCCAAAAUGUUUAAUUUUAUUUGAAAGGCAGAGUGACAAAGAUCUGCCAUUUGCUGGUUCACUCCCUGUAUGACUGAAUUGGCUGAGGCUGAGGUAGGCUAAAGCCAGGAAUCCAGAGUUCCAUCUGGGUCUCCUAUGUUGAAUGGCAGGGACCCAAGAACUUGAGCCAUCUGCUACUUUCCCAGGUGCAUAGGGGAACUGCAUUGGAAGUGGAGCAGUCAGAAUUUGAAUCAGUGCUCCAAAAUGGGAUGCCAGAGUUGCAGGUGGCUGUUUAACUCACUGUGUCAAAACACUGGCCCCACAUUUAAUCUUUUUCAAGCCACCUCUUUUUUUUUUUUUUUUUUAAGGUUUAUUUGAAAGAGUUAGGUAGAGGCAGAGAGACAGAAGUCUUCCAUCCACUGGUUUACUCCCCAAAUGGCCACAACAGCUAGAGCUGGGCCAAUCUGAAGCCAGGAGCCAAGAGCUGAUUGCGGGUUUCCCAUGUGGGUGCAGGGGCCCAAGGACUUGGGCCAUCUUCCACUGCUUUCCCAGGCAGUAGCAGAGAGCUGGAUCACAAUUGGGUCAGCUGGGACUCAAACCAGUGCCCAUGUGGGAUGCUGGCACUACAGACAGUGGCUCUACCUGCUAUGCCAGGGUGCCAGCCCCUAAAGCCAUCUUUUUUUUUUUUUAAUAUUUAUUUAAUUGAAAGAAUUAUAGAGAGAGAGAUCAUCUGUUGGUUUGCUCACCAGAUGACUGCAACAGCUGGAGCUGUGCUGAUCAGGAGCCAGGAGCUUCUUCCGGGUCUCCCAUGCGGGUACAGGGGCCCAAACACUUGGGCCAUCUUCUGCUUUCCCAGGCUUUGUAGCAGAGAGCUGGAUUGGAAGUGGAGCAGUUGGAACUUGAACCAGUGCCUAUAUGGGAUGCUGGCACUGUAGGCUGCGACUUUACCCCCUAUGCCACAGCGUGGGUCCCUCUAAAGCCAUCUUAAUGUGAGAUGCUACCCGGUUUGGUUUUGAUUUUAAAUCAAAACAAUGGCCAUUUAUGUAUUGUUAAAUGAUAUUCUCACGAAAGCAUUAUAACAUUCAUAAGAAUAAGCAGGGGAGCACAAAUAGAAUUAUAGUAAUUAAGUCAAAAAAUUUGCCCACAUACAUCAUAAGCCCAGACAAUGAACACUUGAAAAUGUAUUUGAUAAUUCUUAGGAUUAAAGUAGGAUAUUUCUUCCUGGAAAUAGUCUCAGAAAAUAGUCUUGAAAAGGUUCGUUAAAAAAGUAUUUGGGGCCAGCGCUGUGGCACAGUAGGUUAGUCCUCUGCUUGCAGUGCCGGCAUUCCAUAUGGGCACUGGUUCUAGUCCCGGCUGCUCCUCUUUCGAUCCAGCUCUCUGUUAUGGGCUGGAAAAGCAGUGGAAGAUGGCCCAAGCGCUUGGGCCCGUGUACCCAUUUGGGAGACCUGAAAGAAGCUUCUGGCUCCUGGCUUCAAUAGGCUCAGCUCCAGCCGUUGAGGCCAUUUAGGGAGUGAACCAGCAGAUGGAACACUUUUUCACUGUUAACUCCUCGUCUCAAAUAAAUAAAUCUUAAAGAAAAUAUAGAGUUAAAAAAUGUAUUCUUCAAAAAACUUUGCACCAAAAUGUAUGUUUAAAGUCCAUCUUUCUACAGAUUGUAUGUAGUUUUACACUUUUGGAGAUAAACUUUUGGGAGGAAGCUUUUAAGAUUGGUCUUCAGGCUAAAGGGCAUAUGUAUGUUUAAUUUGGCUGACCAUUGUAAAUUCCCUUCCGUAAUCUUGUUCAGUUUGACAAUUGCUAAGUGAACUUUAUGUAAGGUCAUUUACAAAUUUUUCUGGACACAUGGGGAAGAGAUUUUAGUUUGAAGUGGAAGGCACUUGUUUUUAGGAAAGAAAAAUAUGU